UUAAUAAUCGAAUAGUGUUUGAAAAAAAUGUUUCGGUACAUUCGUGCUCUUAUAGGCUGGAAAAAGCAUCAGGAAGGCGUGGAAGAUUUGUUGGACGGAGUAGAAAAUACUAGUCACGGGUUCGAAAUGGAUGAAAAAAUUCCACUAACUUGCAGUGACACUGGACGUACUUCAUAUGAAACAAUUACUACAACCGAAAACGCCAUAAUUUACUGUUGCCAUGGGAACCCGCCAGAGAAUUGCUGUGACGACAAGAUAAUGCUAUCUAGUUCUGGAUUACCUAAUGGAAGGGAAAGACGGAUUAGUACGACAAGCGAAGGUCACUGCCAUCCCGAACGUGAAGAGGGAAUAGACAAACAUGCACGUAUACGACUGCUAAUCGUUAGUGCUUUAUGUUUAGUGUUCAUGGUCGGGGAAUGUGUAGAUAGGAAUAAUACCAGACGAGAGGAGUGACACCAAUUGUAUUAGAUUGUGCGAGUUUGUUUUAUUUCGG